AACCAUGAGAUAGCCAUGGCAUGUCUCACUCCCCCCUUAAAUUCUCUCUCUCUCUCUCUCUUUGUUUUUUUUUUGGGUAUCUCCUUUCCCCAAACUAUUAAUUUUCAUAGCUCUCUUUGUGAUCUUAAGAAGAAGGUUUUUGAUGGGUCUCUUGUGUCAGAUCAGACCCAUCUGAGAUCUGUUCUUGUGCAGAUGCGUUUUGUGGAAAAUUGAUUGGUCUUAGCCCUUGAUUUUAGAGCAGUGUCCAAUUCUUUGGAAGAAAUUAACCAUCACUCCUCUUUACAGUUCCCAAAGUUUAUUAGGUUGCUGGCAACUCAAUUAAUUUUGAGUGUGGGUGCAAUUUGAUCUGAUUUUUUUCUUUUUUUUUUCAUUUUCCUUCAUGUUGGGUUACCUUCUUCUCUAAGGUAGGUCAUUUGCUUGCUUUGGUUAUGAUCAGUUGUUGUUUUUCACUUGGCCUUAAAACCCAAAUUCUCUUAUCGAGUUCAAAAAAGAAACUUCGCUUAUUUUCCUUGAAUUUGUUUUUCUUUUAGCUUCAAUGUGAAAGGGGCCAAAUUCAUGCUUGCAGAAAAUUUCUUGAGUUCUGAAGUUUUCAUCAAGACUGAGGAUUUUAUGAUUAUGAUUUCUAAUUUCACAUAGGCUCCAGCAAGUAAAAUUGCUCAUGGCAAGCCAUAUUCCACUGGAAGAAGUGCUUAUAAGCUGCCCAAGACCGCAGCAGCAGCAGCAGCAGCAGCAGCAGCAGAAUAAUAAUAACAACAACAAUCAAGAGAGGAAAGUGAGGCCUCACCCAGAUCAAGCCCUGAAAUGCCCCAGAUGUGAUUCCACCAACACCAAGUUCUGCUACUACAACAACUACAGCCUCACCCAGCCCAGAUACUUCUGCAAAGGUUGCAGAAGGUACUGGACCCAGGGGGGCUCCCUGCGCAACGUGCCCGUCGGAGGCGGCUGCCGGAAGAAAAAGAUAUCUUCUUCUUCUUCUUCCUCCGCCGCCGCCCCCUCUUCUUCCUCCUCCUUUUCAUCUCCCUCCUCCUCGUCCUCCUCCUUCAAGAAGGAUUUGGUCACCACAAGCCCUAAUGCAUUGCUCCCUACCAGUCUCAUCGCCCCACCGCUCUCCUACGACCCAAUUGGCCUCUCACUCACCUUUGCCAGGCCCAUGAGGGGCCUAGGGUUUGACGACCAUGAUACAAGCUUCCUCUUGGGAAACCCUAACCCUAGCACCACUAACCUUGGCAUCACUACUGUCCCUGCUAGUGCUGCUAAUGAUGGCUUUUUGGACAUUCUAAGAGGCGGGUUCCUCGGCAACAACUACCCAAGUGGCUUCCCCAACCUCUACUAUGGAUUUGGUGGUGGUGGUUGUAAUAAUGGGAGUGUGAAAAUGGAGGGUGGUGUUAGUGGUGAGGGGGAGGAGGGAAUGGUGUUGCCUUUUGAGGGAGGGGAUAAUCAUAAUAUGGAUGGUGUGACUCAAACAGUAGGGGAAAGUUGCCAUGGGUCUAAUUGUAAUAAAGCAAUGUUGGAAGGAGGGGAAAGUAAAGUGGUGAUGGGCCUGCAAUGGGAGAUGAGUGGGGAUGGCAACAACAGCAGCAGCAACAACAACAACAACAACAACAACAACAACAACAACAACAUGAUGGUGGAAUCUGCAGGAAGGGAUUACUGGAACAAUGGGGUACUUGGACCUGCUACUACUUCCUGGCAUGGGCUCAUCAACAGCUCCCUGAUCUAAAAGUGCUUUUAGAAGAAGCUGGUAUUUUAGUUUCUGCUUCCAUGAGUUGCUGCCAAGUUUCCCAAGUUGGAGGAAUCUUCCAGAAAAUCUCAUGAUCAUCUCAACUUAAUUUAAUGGGUUCUCUUCAUGUUACUUGUUCCAGGCUUUUUUCUUCUUUUUUUUUUUCACUUAUUUCCCUUUUUUUUUUUUAAUGAGUGUUGAAAUGACAAUUAUAUAAAAAGUAAUUAAAUCAAGCAUUCAGAUUUGUUUUCCAAUGUAAGGAACAUUGAUGAGAGAAUCUCACUCAGGUGGUGCAGUUCUUAAA